AAGAACAGUAACUGCAAGGUACGUGCCUUUCAAACCCUCCCUUCCCCUUGCCUUCAAUGUUACCUUUACGGUGAUGUCAAGCCGCAUCUCAAGUUCACCAGCUAAGUGACUGUAAGGAUGCCUUUAUCUCGCAGCAUCUCUGUCACGUCCCUCUCUGGCCUGGAUGACUGGACUGAGGAGCUUGACCUGGAGGAUGCCGUCCUGUUUGAAAUUGCUUGGGAGGUGGCAAAUAAAGUUGGGGGAAUUUAUACUGUGAUCCAGACCAAGGCCCGCCUUACCGCAGAGGAGUGGGGUGAGAAUUACUUCCUUGUUGGGCCCUACAUGGAGAGCAAUGUCCGAACUCAGGUGGAGCUCAUUGAACCUCCCAGCCAUGUCGUGAAGAGGACUAUAGACAAUAUGAACUCUGCUGGGUGUAAGGUGCACUUUGGCCGCUGGCUAAUUGAAGGGAGCCCCUACGUUGUGCUCAUUGAUGUGGGCUUCACGGCCUGGUCCUUGGACCGCUGGAAGAGCGAGCUGUGGGACAGCUGUGGAAUCGGCAUGCCCUGGUUUGACCGCGAGGCCAAUGACGCAGUACUCUUCGGCUUCCUGACCGCGUGGUUCCUUGGGGAGUUUGCAGCCCAGUGCGACAAACCCCCCCACAUCCUGGCUCACUUCCAUGAGUGGCUAGCGGGCCUCGGCCUGGUCUUAUGUCGACAAAGGCAGCUGCCGGUGGCCACCAUCUUCACCACCCAUGCCACUCUGCUUGGCCGCUACCUGUGUGCAGCCAAUGUAGAUUUCUACAACAACCUCAGUAACUUCAAUGUGGAUAAGGAGGCAGGCGAUAGGCAGAUAUAUCACAGGUACUGCCUGGAGAGGGCAGCGGCGCACUGCGCUCACAUCUUCACCACGGUGUCUCAGAUCACUGCCAUCGAGGCGGAGCACCUGCUCAAACGGAAGCCAGAUGUUGUUACCCCCAAUGGGCUGAACGUGAAGAAGUUCUCCGCCACACAUGAGUUUCAGAAUCUGCACGCCCACAGCAAGGCCCGCAUUCAGGAGUUCGUCCGCGGGCACUUCUAUGGGCAGCUGGAUUUUAACCUUGACAAGUCUGUGUUCCUCUUCAUCGCUGGGAGGUAUGAGUUCUGUAAUAAAGGAGCCGAUAUCUUCCUGGAGGCACUUGCUCGGCUGAACUAUCUCCUUCGGGUGAAAAACAGUGACGUGACAGUGAUCGCCUUCUUCAUCAUGCCCGCCAGGACCAACAACUUCAACGUGGAGUCUCUGAAGGGGCAGGCUGUCCGGAAACAGCUGUGGGAUACUGCUCAAACCGUGAAAGAGAAGUUUGGAAAGAAGUUGUAUGAAUCACUCCUAGUAGGUCAGUUACCGGAUGUGUCGAAGAUGUUGGACAAGGAGGAUUUCACGAUGAUGAAGAGGGCCAUCUUCAGCACCCAGAGGCAAUGCCAGCCACCCAUCUGCACCCACAACAUGCUGGACGAUGGCAGCGAUCCCAUCCUCAACUCCCUUCGCAGGAUCGGCCUUUUCAACAGCUCUGCGGACAGAGUGAAGGUAAUUUUCCAUCCAGAGUUCCUGUCUUCCACUUCCCCUCUCCUGCCCAUGGAUUAUGAGGAGUUUGUACGAGGCUGCCAUCUUGGAGUCUUCCCUUCUUACUAUGAACCCUGGGGAUACACCCCUGCGGAGUGCACUGUAAUGGGGAUUCCCUCCAUCUCCACCAAUCUCUCCGGCUUCGGCUGUUUCAUGGAGGAGCACAUUGCCGACCCCUCUGCCUAUGGUGUUUACAUCCUCGACCGGCGGUACCGCAGCGUGGAUGAGUCCUGUAAUCAGCUGACCUCCUUCCUGUUGCAGUUCUGUCAGCAGAGCCGUCGCCAGCGGAUCAUCCAGAGAAACCGCACCGAGAGGCUCAGUGACCUUCUGGACUGGCGCUAUCUUGGUCGGUACUACAUCUCGGCUCGUUAUACGGCCCUAACAAAGGCUUUCCCGGACACUUACUGCUAUGAGCCUCAGGACCCCGGUUCUAAAAAGGGCUUCAGCUACCCUCGACCAGCCUCAAUACCCCCCUCUCCAGCCCUGUCUCGGCACUCCUCGCCGCACCACAGCGACGACGACGAUCGUGAGCGAUACGAUGAAGAUCUGGAGGCCGAGAAGGACCGGCUCAACUUUCGCCAGCCCUCUUCACUCCACCCCUGCAACAAGAAUGCGUCAGAAAGCAUCCCCACCUCUGACGGCAGCAGUGGUGCUAGCUCCAUCACGUCUACGCCCAGCACUAUCACCUCUCCCCCUAGCUCUCUUUCAAGUGAGACAAACUGAUCUGAGACACAAAUGUCACUGAGGUUAGGAGAACGCAGAAAGUGUCAUGAUGUACCAUCACACCCGGGGCCUAAACUAUACAGGGAAGAAAACAACGCUGCACACACUUUAUGGUUCAUAGCAGAACAUCAUCUUUCUACAUUGUGUAGUACAAAAUUGAAUACCAUGUAGACCAAGAUCAUUUUUCACCACAUAGUAGAAGGAAAUACAAGAUAAGAAAGGUGUGAGUCAGAAUGAAAGUGAAAGGUUAUCCUGGGAGUCAGUGACAUAGGAGAGAAACUCAACUUGAGGUACAGAAGGAGUUUAAAAAAAGUAACCUGUUUUGAAAUCUGUACCUUGCAUAUUUAUGCAGUCUGCUGCAAACUUUCUAUAGUAUUUUAGUCUCUGUGGGGAAUUCUUGCGUUUUAAAUCCUACCUUCACUUGCCUCCGAAAUACUGUAAGGAAAUACACUAUAUUGAGAAGGAUUCUUUGAAAAUACUGCCACUGUGAUGAUCUAUUUAACAAUAAGUAUUGAGUGAAUAAAUGAUUGCUGAAAAUGUUUAAACGAUAUUCAGGAUGUGAAUGUGCCGUAUGUGUCAUGGAUGCACCUUAAGAAAAGGAAAAUAAACUGAAAGGUAGAUUUAU